CUUCUCUGACACAGAAAUGGCUUUCCUCGGUCUCUUGCCUUCUAGAAACUUACUUAGUCACCUUUUCCACUCUGCCCUCACAGGUGGGCUUCUUUUUCUUUGUCUACUUGUAAAUAUGACCAUUAUCGCCAAUCCCACUCCAACUCCCCAGACCACCCUCAUCAUGUCCACAGCAGAACCUUUAUUUUCUCUGCCUGCUGAUGGUCCUCCCGGCUCACAGGGGGCGUCAUAUUUACAACAGCCUCCAAAGGCAAAAGCUGUGGAAGGGGAGGAUGUGGUGUUUCCAUGUUUUUUAAAGAGUGAUGUGGAUGAAGUACUGGCUUUGGAGAAGGUGAGGUGGUAUGUGCAGAGUUUGGAGGGAAGGAAGAAUAUUCUACAAGGCAACGAGACAGUGGAGGAUGAGUUUGCGGGCCGUGUGAUUUUGUCUGGUGAACUGUCUGAGGGAGAUCUAUCCAUGACACUAAGGCAUAUUUCGGUGGAGGAUCAAGGCCUGUAUUUGUGUGUCUUCAUAUCAACACGCUCAACUGUUCUUCAGGGAGGCGGGACCAAACUCAGCAUCCGCAAAGGGCUGGGUGUGAUUGAAGAGUCUGUGGGCACUGUAAUUGGCAUCGUUGUGGCAGCUGUUGGCGUGGCAGUGGGGCUGGUUGCUGUGAUACUGACUCAGUUCAAGGACAAACUGAACUGCCUGCAGAAAUGACACGCGAGCAACAGCUUUGGAGCUUGGAGGUUAAAAGUGCGGGGAGGUUACAGUAAAGGCCAAAGGUAAAAGUCAACAAACAGCUCAUGCUGCCAAGAACUGACUGCAGUGCAUGAGGGAAUGACUUAACUGAACCGUGAGGCAUUUAGCUCACCCCAUAUUCUGAAUCAUAAUAUAUAGACAAAUACAUAGACAAAUAGAUCCGGUGACCCUCCAUGAAUACAUACACACCCCAUCAGAUCUAACAAUGAUGAAAAAGAGCAGCUGGGUUAUGAACUGUUGAGGUUUUGUAAGCUUGCACUGAUGAGCAUGCAUUUCCUUUGUAAGAUUAAGUACAUGAGCCAUUUGAAAAUAUCUGAUCUCUAGAUGAAUAGUUCCUGAGAUGAUUCAUGUUUUUUUUUUUAUUUCAUCCAGUCUGUGUAUUUAUUUUUAUUUUUAUUACUUUAACAGUUUUAUAUGACUUAUUAUAUAGCUGAUACAACUUUCAGUUCAUUGCUCUGUCAAUGUUCAAAAUCAUCCUAUGCAAAAUCAUAUUUGCACUUGCUUUUGCUUUUUAUUGAUCUAUAUGCAUGCACAUAUAUGUUUUCAGUAUUGCAAAUCUUUUCAUACCAACAUAUAAUAGAUGUUAUUUAGUAGACACUGAUGUAAGUCCUUUGCAUACCUCAAGUGGAGCAGAUGUACUGUUGAGUGGAUCGAAUGCUUAGCAGAGGCCAUUAUGAAGUUAUAUCUAUCAGAAACUGAUCUUGUAUCAGCAGCACUCAACACUGAAUACAUUUUCUCUCAAGAGAGGCCUGAUCUCAACACUCAUGCUGUGCUUCAGUAUUCUGUUUUGAUUAAAGAACCUAAUUGCAAAGUUCUUCAUUUUCACCUACAUGCCUUUUGUAAGACCCAGCAAGGGCCUUCGCCUCAGAAAUAGCUGGUUGUGAACUGGUUUGUGAUUGUGUGAUUUCAUCCCUUGGGCUUAGGUUUGUUUACUGUGAAAAUCACCAUCUCUCCUUCUGACACAAAUAAACAAGUUUUAUUAGUCAAAGUGUCUCUGGUGACUUCCCUGUCUCAUGUAACUACACGAGUAACCACAGCUUGAAAAACACCCACAAGGCCAAGCCAACACAAGCCCAUCUCUGAGAACCCCGCUUGUAUUACUGGUGAUUAGCGUGGCGACACAGUCCACAGAAUUGAUGAAUGUGUAAAUGAAUUAUGUUCAGAGGUAAUAAGAAUGAUUACGUGUUUUCUUAUGAACAUUUAUGAAGAUGGUUGUUUUCAUAAAGGUUUGUUUUAUAGGUCUCUUAAAGGAGAGCCACCCGUUGGUUUUUAAUUCCUCGUUCUUAGAUCGUUAUUUUAAAGGUAUUUGCUUGGAUUAAAGAAGGUAUUAAUGAAAAUGCUCAAUUUAAGGUAUUUAUGAUAAGUUUUUGAGUUGCAGGACUAACACAACUAUUGUUACAUGUAUAUAUUAUUGUGGUGAAUUACCCAGUGCUUUUUUUGUAUACAGUGUAUUAAUAUUAUUGUGAUUUGUCAUCUUUUCUUUAGUUGUCUUCCGCCCUGAUUCCAUGGCAGCUGCAGGGUCUCCUCCAUGGGUGUGACUGACACUGGUGAGGUGGUGGGUUCUUCUGUGGUUCCUGGUGACUUGUAUUUUCUCCUGAGUGCGGUGAUUGCUGUGCAGUAUUGGGGUUUGAAUUUCAAUUAAUGGUUGUACACUUUCACACUUAUAGUCGUGCCCGGUUGGAGCCCUGUGGUUCGUUGUUAACAUUUCUUUUUUCUUUUUUUUUUUUUUUUUUCUUUUUUAAAUGAG